AUGGACUCGUUUAUGCACCUUUUUGAAAACGAAGCCGACGACGUCAACCUCUCGCCCGACCAAGCGCGCGAAGUGUUCAAGCUCCUCGGCUUGGACCUCACUGAGGUGCAGAUCCAGCGACUCGAAGAUGUCCCUCUCGACGAGUUUAUGCGUACGCUUGAAGCGCAGACAACAACAACGUCGAUCGAAGUCUCGGAAACCGAGCCCCGGGAAGAAGCGACGAUCUCGUACAACCAGCUCCACGAGUUUUUGCGAACGUGCAAUCUGGACGUACCGCAAGAGACGAUCCUCGACUUUCUCGCGCAGCAGUCCAACUCGACCAUCACCGAGGCGGACCCGCUCGUCUUUGACAAGGAAGGGUUCACGCGCUUCCUCCAGCAACUGUCGCCGUCGGCGUCGCCGGCCCAAAGCCCAGCCAAACCCAGCGCGAACCCGCGGACGUCGAAGAAGAAAUCCAAGUCCACGGCGCGCCGCCGCCACAAAGCGCCGUAG